AGGAAGAGGGUCACUCCAUUGCUAAGGUACUUGACUGGUUCAGCCAGAGCUCAGGUCCCUCUGGUAGAUUUGAAAUGAGACAUGACAUGGAAGAAGGAAGCAAAGAUCAUGAGCGCAACACUAGCCUAGAGAGUAAGUCAUCGGAGAAGGCAAAUUCAUCUGAAAGCAAGAUAAUGCUGAAACCUUCACCGAAGCCCAGGAGAGGACUACUAGCAUUUUUCUCAAGAGCAGAGGUGAAGGAAGUUGAAGAUGAAUCAUCUUACUCUGCUCAGGAUAAGGAGGCUGCAUGCCAAGAUGUUCCACUGGUGUUGAGCGAGGAACAGGCCACCUUGACUCCAGAGAUGAUGAGGAGCGAACAAGAGGGAUUAGGUAUUUCAGCUGUUCACUCAACCAGUCAGAGAACUCUUUGUAAUGUGAAAGAGAAAUGUGAUCAAAAGGAAUUACUCUCAUCAGCCAACUUAAAGUCUUUAGAGGGAAGAGCAGGUAGGAAAUCUAAUAUUCCUGUCAGGAAUAAGGGGACAUUGGCUUCAAGGCAGGGAUACCAGUGUGCUCUAAAAACAGAAUAUGAAAGCCCCAAGGUAGGACAGAAUGUGUUUUCAGACAAAAUUGAUAGCUCAUCCAAAGGCCACAAACAGGAGGACGAAGGCAGACCUUCACAAUUUGACACAACAAAUAUGAACAAUUCACAGAGUGUAGAGAGUCUUAACGAGGAGCAGCACAGAAGAUCAUGUAUUUCUGUUAAGCCAACCUUUGGGGGAGGAACCUCCCUAAAUGAUGACAGUGUCAGUUCUGUGAGUUAUGAAAGAUUAGAAAGCUUGUCACAGGAAGCUGAUAGCACUGAUGCCCCUCAAGAACAUGAAACAGCCAUGCAUCACCCAUCAUUGAGCCCUGGGAAAGAGCAAGACAUGCAUACUUACACUCCCCCUUUAAAACUGUCUAUGAGUCAACAGGAGGGUAAAGCCAUUCUUAUCAAAAAUCUUAGAGCUCUUUGGGAGGAAGAGAAAACUAAAUAUAAUCUUGGUGUCACAAAAGCAAAGGUGACUUCUGACAUCCAAGCAGAACAAAGUGAAGUGGCAUCUCCUCGAGAUUCUAGAGAAAAGGUCAAUGCAUCUCAACAUGACAUUCAAGCAGUAGUUUCAGACCUACGUCAGGACCAUGAACCAAAGGAAAGAGAGAUUGUGACAGAAAACAAACCACAAUCGCAGUGGAUGGAAGACUCCCUUAAAGAAAUUGGUACACUCCAUGAGACUAAGAAGCUGUCACCCUCACCUGAGACAAAAUUAUCUUGCGCCACAAACCCAAACCAAAUUGUCAAUUUGUAUACUGAUAAAUCAACCCCCAGAAGCCAACGGAAAAGUCAAACUAAAGCCCAUAGUCCAAAAGGCCAAUCAAAGAUUCCUUGCAGAAGCUCAAAGAAAACCAGGCUUGACCGCUCUCCUUUGAAAACCUAUGCCAUUGAUAUUGGAGCUGAAAGAACAGAUGGGAGCAUAUCAGAGGACCAUUCAACAACUUCCGUAAAACAUACAAGAAGACCUUCUGCUGAAGAGACACAAUUGCAACUUGAGCAAUCUAAAAGGUGUGACAACGAAGAUAUGGCCUAUUCUCCAGCGAAGAGAAGGCGAUCUGAGCAGAGACAACUAACAACCUGCACUGAUGAGCAAGUUCAGCCGCGUGAUAGCAGUACCCCAGAGUCUGCAAGGCAACGCACAAGGCAAUCCAGCUCAGGUAAUAUCCAACUGGGUCAGAACAGCCCUAGAAAAAUGUCCCCUGAAGAUGUUGGAGAAGUUAAGCAAUAUGGGUCCCCCUCACACCAUGGUAGGAGAACUGCUAGAGGUCAAAGUUUUGGACGCACCUUUAAAGUCAGAGAAAAGGACGUAGUUAAAGACCCAGAAGCAAGAUCUUUAGCUUCUCUGGACCGUCAGCAUUAUGUUAGUGUUUCAGAGCAGAUGCACGUCCCAGUAUUCUUUGACAGAUCAGGCAAGAGCAGAAUCCAGGCAGAGGAUAUCGCCCCAGAGGAAGUCAUGGGUAAAGUGAGUAAUGACAGCUCACCAUCCCACCACUCCCACCAGAGCUCACUGGAGCUUGGCUCUUCCUGGAGCAGCACCCCUGAACCAUGGUCUUACUCCUGGGCAAGUUCAGCCUAUGAUAGUAAGGACACAAGCCCGGUUCAGACCAUGUUGAAACGAGCUUCAAGGCCAAUGUCUUUAUCGAAAAGUUUGGAGGACAUUACAACAAUGCCAGCUCGAGAGGAAAGAAUGAGGACGGACCAGAGGAGCGACCUAAUGCUUAGCGCGAACGAUGUUUCUGUCGCCCCUUCGUCGCCUACGUCUGCCCCAGACCCGGAACAGAUGAAGAGGAUGAGCGCAUCAGUUCCUGCAUUCCUGCAGCAGGAGAGUUAUGACAGAGACAGUGACUGCACGUCAGAGAACAGCUUUUACUCACCAUACAGACCCCAUAUGAGGAACUCACACACUAACCAUAGCUUCAGUUCUGGCAUGGCAUCAAUGUCGUCUUCUGUCAGUGGCAGCGUCAUGAGCAUCUACAGUGGUGAUUUUGGCAGUGUGGACGUAAAAGGGACCAUACAGUUUGCCAUGAAUUAUGUGGAAAAGCUGGGAGAGUUUCACAUCUUUGUUGUCCAAUGCAGAGAUCUAGCAGUGGCAGAGCCUAAAAGAAACCGGUCUGAUCCGUAUGUAAAGUGUUACCUUUUGCCUGACAAAGCAAAGUUGGGAAAGAGGAAAACAGGUGUAAAAAAGAAGACUUUGAAUCCUACUUUCAAUGAAAUCCUAAGGUACAAGAUCUCCCUUGACACUCUGAGGAUUACUAUGCUGAACCUCUCUGUAUGGCACAAUGACAACUUUGGGAGAAACAGCUUUCUUGGAGAGGUGGAUGUUGACUUGAGAGAGUGGAGCAUCUCUGACACUCAGAUGAAGGAUUACUUGCUGAGACCACGGGUUGUCACUCGCCCCAGCACGACUGAAACGAGAGGUGACAUGAGAGUAGCUUUACGCUUUCUCCCUCAGGUAACACAGAGCAAGAGAUCUUCUAAGGCAGGUGAAGUGCAAAUCUGGGUGAGAGAAUGCAAGAACCUGCCUGUUGUUAGAGGGGUAAUCAUUGAUCCUUUUGUCAAAUGCACAGUGCUCCCUGAUACAAGCAGGAAAGGUCGGCAGAAGACACGGGUGGCAAAGAAAACUGCUGAUCCAGUGUUUAAUCACACUAUGGUUUAUGACGGCUUCAAGCCCGAGGACCUCCGAGAAGCCUGCGUGGAGCUCACUGUGUGGGACCAUGACAGGCUUAGUAACCACUUCUUGGGAGGCCUCAGGCUAGGUCUUGGAACAGGAAAAAGUUAUGGCUCUGAAGUUACCUGGAUGGACUCCACCUCUGAUGAAGCAACACUGUGGAACCGAAUGAUGAUUUCUCAGGGUGAAUGGGUGGAAGAUGUCUUACCACUGAGAAUGUUAAUGAUGGCAAAAUAAAGUCACUGAAUGGUUUAGUAUGACCUUUAAGUAUGAGUAAUGGUAAAGUCACCUAAUUAUACAUUUAUUUUUGAACCAUGUGAUAAAUAAACAAAAGUGUAUUUUGAAUUAUUAAUAUGUGCAUUUAAUUUUAUUAUAUUAUUGUAUUUAUCAUAUUUGUAAAAUAAGGCUUCAGAAAGAAAUGGAAAGCACCUCCAAAUCACAGUCAUUAUCAAAUCAUGACAUAUUGUAAAACCCAGUGUUGUAGUACUCGAGUCCAGGACUCGGACUCGAGUCCGAGUCUUUAGCUAAAUUUAGAGACUCGUGACUUGACUUGGACUUGAGCACUGAAUGACUCGGACUUGGACUCGGACUCGUACAUUUAGACUAUCCGGACUCGGAAAUUGAGACACGGACUCGACUUUUUUUUUUAAUGUCAUUAGGCUAUAAUUGUAAUAUGUCAUCAGCAGCCACAUAGUCUGUCCUGCGACAUUGCGGUGCGCAAAUAAUUAUUACCUCCGCCAAGGAGGUUACAUUUGCAUCAGGGUUUAUUUGUCUGUUUGCCUGUUUGUCUGAAAUGACCCAAGGCAUUACGAUUCCAUUUAGUGUACAGUGGUUGCACAAUACCAAUACGCUUUUAGACAACUCUUAGCCAUAACUCGGACUCGACUUGACCAAUAAGGACUCGACUUGAAUCAAUAUUGACUCGACUCGGACUUGACUCGGAUGAGUAGUGGACUCGACUCGGACUUGACUCGGAUUUUUUUUUAAAUGACUUGGACUCGACUCGGACUUGAACACUGGAGACUCGAACCUGGACUCGGACUCGAUUCAUAGUGACUUGACUACAACACAAAACCUGAUUUUAUUGUAACAUUCAUCAAUAUGUAUAGAUCUAUAUAUAUUUUACAGAAAUGUUGUUGUUCAAAAUGUCUAUAGUCAUUAAUAAACCAACGUAAAGAUAUA